AAUAUUACAUCAGUCAAUAAUUCCCACAACUCCUCCUCUGUUUCCUCGCCCGGAGACGUUGCCGGAGAAGUGAAGAAUGAAUGCACCAAUAAUUGAAUGGAAAAAAUGGACAAUAUUAGUAGCAACAAUAUGGAUACAAGCGUUUACGGGUACCAAUUUCGACUUCCCCUCCUAUUCAACCCAAUUAAAAUCCGUACUCCAGAUAUCUCAGGUGGAGUUAAACUACCUAUCAAUGGCAUCGGAUUUUGGUAAGCUGUUCGGGUGGUGUUCGGGUCUCUUGUUGUUGUAUUUUCCUGUAGGUGUUAUUGUCAUCAUGGCUGCUUUCCUUGGCUUCUUUGGUUACGGUCUUCAAUGGCUUCUUAUUCAGAGACUCAUUUCAUUGCCUUAUUUCAUGGCAUUUAUUCUGUGUUUAUCUGCCGGUUGCAGCAUCACCUGGUUCAACACCGUUUGUUUCGUUUUAUGCAUCAAAAACUUUCCAAACAACUCGCCACUCGCGCUAUCCCUCAGCAUUAGUUUCAAUGGCCUAACCGCAGCCUUGUACAAUCUCAUCGCCACUGAAAUAAGCUUACACGGUAACAUUAACAGCACCUCUUACCUUAUUCUAAACGCAUUUCUCCCGCUGAUCACAUCUAUUGCCGCAAUAUUCCCCAUCCUCCAAAGCUCUGGAAACAACCUUCAAACAGAUGACACAGACAACAAAGACGACGCACAUACAUUCACGUUUUUGUAUAUACUAGCCGCCAUUACGGGACUUUAUCUUUUCUUUUUUGAUACACCGUCACAAAGCAUACUUCUUGUCGUAAUGUUGUUGGUAGUGUUUCCGUUGAUGUCACCAAAAUUUGUUUAUGCUCUCAAGCGGGCACACCAUGUUGAAGAACAGAGUUACCGUUUGGUUGAAAUGAACAGUAACAGUGAGUUUUUCGAAGAGCAAUCAACUUCUAUCUUGAAGAGGUGUGGUUUUGGGAUGUUUGAUAAGAUGAUAGCGAAAGAUCAAUUGGUGGUUCUUGGUGAAGAACAUGCUGCUAGUGUGCUGGUGGCCCGGAUCGAUUUUUGGCUUUACUACAUUGGUUAUUUUUGCACGGGUACUAUUGGGCUCGUUUACAGCAAUAAUCUAGGACAGAUUUGUCAAUCACUUGGGUACAGUUCCGAGACCGAAGCAAUUGUUACAAUUUAUUCGACAUGCUCAUUUUUUGGUCGUCUUAUUUCGUCCGUCCCGGAUUUGAUCAGCUGCUUUUACUCACCCCAUAUGAAUACGAAAAGGUAUACUACUAGAACCGGAUGGCUAACUCUUUCACUCGUUCCAAUGCCCGUUGCAUUUCUUGUGCUAUUUUUCUCAGGCAGUAAGAGCAGUCUUAGUUUAGCCACCGGGUUGAUCGGUAUCUCUUCUGGGUUCGUGUUUUCAGCAGCCGUAUCAAUUACUUCCGAGCUGUUUGGUUCAAAAAGCACGGGUAUCAACCAUAACCUUCUGAUAACCAACAUUCCGUUGGGAUCAUUGUUGUAUGGUGUUCUUGGAGGUGUUAUUUAUGACCACCACAUCAAAGGCUCAAAUGAGGUGGUUUUUGUAGGCGGGUCGAGGGUGUGUAUGGGUCGAGAAUGCUAUAACGAGACGUUUGGGUGGUGGGGUUGCAUUUCUUUGUUCGGUUUGGGUUCGAGUUUUCUUCUUUAACAAAAAGGGCUUAUCAAGAUUAUUAUCAAAGAAGAAACUUGGUCUUAUGUGAUAUAUAGAGAUGCGCCUGAAUUGGAAUGUUGAGUCCGGAAAUUGUAUUUUGAUUAGGCCCGAAAGAAGGUAAUUUAGGCCUUAUACACAGUCGAGCACCCGAGCCCGAUGGUUUGAUCUAAUAUAUGACUGAAAAUUGUGGGUUGGUCCGAGCCUGGUUAGGCCUGGUCCUGGAAAUGAGUAAGCCAAGUCUGGUCUUAAAAGGCCAGUCUUUCGAGCCCAAUAUUGUUUCUUAUGUUAUAUAAAUGUAACUUUUUUUGUUUUUUUUAUGUUUUAAACUAUUUAUUGUAUUUUAAGGGGCUAAUGACACAUUUACUCUUCCUAAUCA